AUUAUAUCCUAUUCCUACUAUACAAAUAUUGGGUAUACUAAUUAAAAUCAGAAAGGUCGUGCACACAAUCAAUUUUGUGAACUUUUCACGAUUUUUUUUUCAGACCAUUUAUCAAUUAACUUCACUGUUCAGAAUUGUUGGAACAUAUACCUUAAAAUACAAUAAAUAUGUCGUGGCAUACUGCUGGAAACAGGUUUGCCGUGGAGGUAAGCAAUCCUAGAAUAACAAAAACUGUUUAUGACAAAAUCAUGAGAGCUAAUAAAUUACCUCUUCAAGGUGAAGCUCCAGGAGUUCGUAUUGCAAAAAGAGAUCAACAAUCUGAGUUUGAAAAGGGUAUAGUGACUGGUGAUUUGGUAUAUGUGAAUGCUGGGGAACACAAGGGAACUAUUUCUACAGUGAUAUCUUACACUGCAAGUACCAAUACUCUUUACUUAUCAAAUGUUACACAGAAGUCCAUUAUUCCAGGUCAUUUGAAACCAGAAAGUUUUCCUUCUCAUCUUAUUGAACGUCCAAAACCAGUUCCUUUUAAUCAAGUCAAACUUGCUGGUAAAGAAAAGGAUGAAAAUGGAAAAAUCAAUUAUAUUGUUGCUGAAGAUUUCGAAUUUAAAGAAAAAUACUUUGAUGAAAGAUAUCAAAGAUGGUUACCAAGACGUGUGGCUAAACAUCAUAAUGAAAUUGAAAUUCCAUGGCCACAACCAGAAUUACUUAAAGAUGAUAGAUAUUCCACCCAAGAAAACAUAGCAUUAGAAAAAUCUUACGAAGUUCAAACUAUAGCUAGACCACCAAUACCUAGAGAAGCCUUAGCUGAAUUUAGAAAUCCAUAUUCCAAACAUAAGAAGAGAGUAUUCUCUGAAUUACAAGUGAGAAGAGUCAAUGCUCCUAAAAUGCCACUUUCAAUCGAACAAAAGAUUUACUUGGCCAAAAAUGAAGGUAAAGAAAAGAAAGUUUAUCAACCAUUAUCUGAAGAAAUUAAAGAAUUUAUUGGAUCAAAGAUGGCUGAUCAUAUUAGUAAGAUAGACAACCCAGCAUUACUUAGUCAUUUAGAUGCAUUAUCUAAUUCAAAGAUUCCAGAUUUUGAAAAAACAUUAGCUAAUUCAGAAUCAAAAUCUGAAAACUCUACAUAGUACUAUUCUGAAAAGAAUUCAUCUUGU